AUGUCUUUAUCCAGGAGUCAGAGUCUCAGAAUGGCAGCUGCACUGGAGGACUAUUCACCCAAGCUGGACAAAGUGGGAGAUGAUCUGACAGAACAGAUCAGCACGGAGCCCGCUGCACAUGAGAAAGUCAGGCUGGCCAAGCUGUCAAGAGAUUGUCAGUACGUCUCACUACAGAUGUCCACGCUGUGUUUGGAGCUGGAGGAGGAGCAGAGUUUCAGCUCUCUGCUGCAGGCUGUGGAGGAAGAAGGGCAAAAGCAGAAGGCUGAGGUCAAGAAAAGAGAGGCAAAGAUGGAACUGGUGUGUAGAGCACAGACUCUACAGAGGAAACAGGAGGAGUUCCAACUAAAAACUGAGAAACUGAAGGAUGUGAACGAGUGUUGCAGAGACCUGAUGAAACAGCACAAAGAGAUAAGAAAGAUCACCAACAUAAUGAAGAAUAAGGACAGAAACAUUGAGCUGCAGCUGCAGCUCCAGCUGAGACAGAAAGAGACUCAUCAGGCAGAGAAACUGCUGGAGGACCAACUGGAGCUGCUGCACAAACAGUUGACGGGGGAGAUGGGACUUCAUCAGGAGACUGAAAUAUUCCUGCAAAAUCAGCACAAGGAGCUGCAACAGCUGUUGGAUGAGUGGGAGCAGCGCACGAAGGAAAUGCUGCAUAAGACGGAGAAGCAGCUCAACACUGUCUGCUGCAAAAAAACACUGAACUUCGACAGACUAAUGGAGUUGAAGAGGCAGUUCACGGAGAUGGAGCAGGUGAUAAUGGAGGACAGGGAGGAGCAGAAGAAACUACUCCAAAAGCAGGAGGAGGUCAGAGCUGCUACCAAGCUGCAGGCCUGGUGGAGAGGCUGCAUGGUCCGGCGAGGCCUUGGCUGUUUUAAAAAAGCAGAGGAAAACAAGAAAGGCAAAAAGAAGAAAGAAGGACAGAAG